UAUGAAAGGAACCGGCUGAAUGGUUUUCAUAUUACAACAACAAACAUGAGUGUUGUGAGAACGUGCAUGUACUUACUGGUGUUAUCAGUGAAUUUUCACUAUGCAGUGGGCAAGCCACUGUUUGGUGGUCUAUUCUGGUGUGACAUGUUCUGCGACGACGAUUACGACGACGUGAGCACGUCCACAUCGAGUACCAGUACAGAGGACAUGUUUGACUUCUUCGACAUGUGCUCCGGCUGCCCUACCUCGAGACCUUCCACAAGAAGACCGAUUAACAACUUCCCACCUCUAAACUUCGAAAUACCGCCAAACACAGGCAUGGGUGUGACUGUAUCCAAUAGGAAUGGUUCAUGGUUUAUGAAUCUCAAUCCCUGGUCUUCACGGAACACCACACCACUGCCUGCAACCGCCACUAGCGCCGCUGGCACGACAGCGGGCGCGGGUGGUACUACCACGAUUGCUACCACUACUGCUAAGAAGUAAAGUGAUAAAAGCUUUACACCACAGCCAUAACAAGAAGUAGACCAAUAAAUAGUUUAAGAUACCUACGAUGAGUCUCCACUGUCGUAAAACUGUAUAACGAUCAUAUUGCCAUCAUUUCUAUGAAGUUUAUUUGUAGUUUUAUAGUAAAUUUGUAGUUGUCUUUGGUCAUUUCAAAUUCAUGAUUACAUUGUCUACGGAUAUAGCUUGUUAUUAAGUCUAGUUUUGAGUACCUUAUACAAUGUUUUUACUGAAUCUUGUUUAGGUUAAUAAAUGAACCUUUUAUAAGAUUUUUUAUCUAUGGCAGUAUUUUUAUUUUAAGUUUUUUUG